CAGCUUCCCUGAGUGCCCGUGGGGGUGGGGGUGGCGGUGCCAGAGAGGCUCUAUAAAGGCUCCCUGGCCAGAGCCUAGGGCAGGCAGUGGCUUGUUCGCCUUCGUCCCCGGACCGGCCCACAGAAAUGGUCCUGGCCCCGUGGGUCCUCAGUCUGCUGGGCUCAGCCUGCUUGGUGUCGGCCAACAUCUUUGAAUACCAGGUGGACGCCCAGCCUCUACGUCCCUGCGAGCUGCAGAGGGAGAGGGCGUUUCUGGAGCGAGCAGACUAUGUUCCUCAGUGCGCAGAAGACGGCAGCUACCAGACAGUCCAGUGCGAGGAUGACGGUGGCUCCUGCUGGUGCGUGGACGCCGAGGGCAAGGAGGUGCCUGGAAGCAGGCAGCCCGGGCGGCCGGUGGCCUGUCUGUCUUUCUGCCAGCUGCAGAGGCAGCAGAUCCUGCUGAGAGGCUAUGUUAACAGCACGGCCACAUCCUACCUCCCUCAGUGUCAGGAUUCGGGGGAGUACGCGCCCGUGCAGUGUGACCCGUGGCGGGGACAGUGCUGGUGCGUGGAUGCGGAAGGGAUGGAGGUGUACGGGACCCGCCAGCCGGGGAGGCCCACGCGAUGUCCUAGGAGCUGCGAGAUAAGAAACCGCCGUCUCCUCCACGGGGUGGGAGACAGGUCACCCCCUCAGUGCUCUCCGGAUGGGCACUUCCUGCCGGUCCAAUGCAAGUUUGUCAACACCACAGACAUGAUGAUUUUCGACCUGGUUCAUAGCUACAACAGGUUUCCAGAUGCAUUCGUGACCUUCAGUGCCUUCCGGAACAAGUUCCCUGAAGUGUCUGGGUAUUGUCACUGUGCUGACAGUCAAGGGCGGGAACUGGCUGAGACAGGUCUGGAGCUGUUGCUUGACGAAAUUUAUGACACCAUCUUUGCUGGCCUGGACCUCGCUUCCACCUUCACUGAAACCACCCUGUACCGGAUAUUGCAGAGACGGUUCCUAGCGGUUCAGCUCCUCAUCUCUGGCCGGUUCCGAUGCCCCACAAAAUGCGAAAUGGAGCGGUUCACAGCGACCAGCUUUGGUCACCCCUACGUUCCCAGCUGCCGCCGGAGCGGGGACUACGAGGCGGUGCAGUGCCAGCGGGCAGGGCCGUGCUGGUGUGUGGACGCCCAAGGAAAGGAGAUCCAUGGAACUCGGCGGCAAGGGGAGCGGCCAUCGUGUGCUGAAGACCAAUCCUGCGCCUCUGAGAGGAGGCAGGCCCUGUCUAGACUACACUUUGGGCCCUCGGGCUAUUUCAGCCAGCACGGCUUGUUCUUGGCUCCCGAGGGAAGACGGGUCUCCCAGAAAGUAGCCAGAUUUGCCACAUCCUGCCCGCCCUUGGUGAAGGAGCUCUUUGUGGACUCUGGGAUUCUCCACCCGAUGGGAGAAGGGCAGGGUAAACAGUUUUCUGCCUCAGAAACUCUCCUCAGAGAAGCCAUUGGAGCGAUUUUUCCCUCCCGAGAGCUGGCUCGUCUUGCCCUUCAGUUUACCAUGGACCCAAAGCGACUCCAGCAAAACCUCUUUGGAGGGAAAUUUUUGGUGAACGUUGGCCAGUUCAACUUGUCUGGAGCCCUUGGCACAAAAGGCACAUUUAACUUCGGUCAAUUUUUCCGGCAGUUUGGCCUCCCGGGCUUCCAGAACGGAGGGACCGACCUAGCUGCCAAGGCUUUGUCCUUGGGACUGGAUUCAAACCCUGCCGCAGACCCCCCCGAAGCCUCAGUGAAGGGAGCUGCUAGGAACAGGCCGAUGGUGGGCAGCUUUGGCUUUGAGAUCAACUUACAAGAGAACCAGAACGCCCUGGCAUUCCUCGCGUCUCUCCUGGAGCUUCCAGAAUUCUCUCUCUUCUUGCAGCAUGCCAUUUCUGUGCCCGAAGACACAGCGAAGGACUUAGGUGACGUGAUGGAAAUGGUGCUCGGCUCCCAGGGCUGCGGGCAGACGCCGGGCAGCCUUUUCGUCCCACUGUGCUCGGCGGAAGGAGACUACGAGGACGUGCAGUGCUUUGCCGGGGAGUGCUGGUGUGUGGAUUCCCGGGGCAAAGAACUUUCUGGCUCCAGGGUCAGAGGCGGACGCCCCCGAUGUCCCACGGAGUGUGAGAAGCAGAGGGCCCGCAUGCAAACCCUCGAGGGCAGCCAGCCCGCGGGGUCCAGCCUGUUGGUCCCUUCUUGCACCAGCGAGGGGCAUUUCCUCCCCGUCCAGUGCUUCGGCUCUGAGUGUUACUGCGUUGACCGUGAGGGUCAGCCUAUUCCUGGAACUCGAAGCGUACUUGGAGAACCCAAGCAAUGCCCCACCGCCUGUCAGUUACAGGCCGAGCAGGCCUUUCUGCGCACAGUGCGAGCUCUGGGCUCUGACUCCAGCCUGCUGCCCACCUUCGCCAGCAUCUACAUCCCGCAGUGCGGCACCGGUGGGCAGUGGAGGCCCGUGCAAUGCGAUGGGCCCCCAGAGCAGGCCUUCGAGUGGUACGAACGAUGGGCAGCUCAGAACAACGGUGGCCGGGAGCUGACCCCUGCCGAGCUGCUCAUGAAGAUCAUGAGCUAUAAAGAAGCAGCUUCCAGAAGCUUUCGUCUCUUUAUUCAGAGUCUGUAUGAGGCCGGCCAACAGGGCAUCUUCCCAGGGCUGGAGAGAUACCCUUCUUUCCCAGACGUCCCGCUGGCAGUGAUGGAAGGGAACCUGACCCAGCCUGGAGGGAACGUCCUCCUGGAGCCCUCCGUCUUUUGGCAGAUCCUGAAUGGCCAGCUCAGCCGGUACCCAGGGCCCUACUCAGACUUCAGCACUCCUCAGGCACACCUUGACCUUCGGAGCUGCUGGUGUGUGAAUGAGGCUGGUCAAGAACUGGAAAGCACCCGGACAGAGCCAAGCAAGGUCCCAGCAUGUCCUGGCUCUUGUGAGGAGGUGAAGUUUCGUGUCCUGCAGUUCAUUAAGGAAACAGAAGACAUCGUCUUGGCUUCCAACAGUUCCUGGUUCCCUCUGGGGGAGAGUUUCCUAGCGGCCAAAGGAAUCCUGCUGACUGAUGAGGAGCUCUCCCUUCCUCAGCUCUCUCCCUCCCGGGCCACCUUCUCAGAGAAGUUUCUGAGCGGGGGCGAUUACGCCAUUCGUCUGGCGGCUCAGUCCACCCUUGACUUCUAUCGAAGACGCGCCUUUCUCCGGGGAGAUGAUUCCACGCGAGCAUCCGCCCUUCUGCGGCCCGGCCCUUACGUGCCCCAGUGCGACGCGUGGGGACGUUGGGAGCCUGUGCAAUGCCACGCCAGGACUGGGUACUGCUGGUGUGUGGACAGGAGGGGAGAGUACGUCCCUGCCUCGCUGACUGCCCGCUCCUCCCAGAUCCCCCAGUGCCCCACCGCCUGUGAGGCAUCUCGAACCAGUGGGCUGCUUUCCAGUUGGAAACAGGCUGGGUCCCAGGGAAACCCGUCUCCAAAAGACCUGUUCAUCCCAACCUGCCUAGAGACAGGAGAGUUUGCCAGGCUGCAGGAGUCGGAGGCCGGCGCCUGGUGUGUGGACCCAGCCUCGGGAGCGGGCCUGCCUCUGGCCACCAACAGCAGCGCCCCGUGCCCGAGCCUCUGUGACGUGCUCCCGAGUGGAGUCCUCCCCAGGAGAGCCAGCUCGGGCUCUACCCCAGCCUGUGGGGCAGAGGACGGACGCUCUUCCCCCGUGCGCUGCGACCCGGCCCAGGGCAGCUGCUGGUGUGUCCUCGCCACCGGAGAAGAGGUGCCUGGGACCCGCGAGGCCGGGCGCCAGCCAGCCUGUGAAAGCCCCCAGUGCCCGCUACCGUUCAACACGUCGGAUGUGGCUGGUGGAGCGAUCCUGUGUGAGCGAGCCGCGGGCCCCGGGGGAUCCGCCAUCCAGCGGUGCCAGCUGCGAUGCCUCCGGGGCUACUGGAGUGCGUUCCCGCCAGGGCCCCUGCUAUGUGGCCUCGAGGAGGGACGCUGGGUGUCACAGCCGCCCCAGCCCCACGCCUGCCAGCGGCCCCAGCUGUGGCAGACCGUCCAGACCCGAGCGCGGGUCCUGCUCCGGCUCCCGCCAGGCAAGAUGUGCAGCGCCGACUACGCGGGCUUGCUGCCGGCUUUCCGGGUCUUCAUAUCAGACGAGCUCGUGGCCCGGGGCUUCUGCCAGAUCCAGGCAAAGACUUUUGGGAGCCCCGUUUCCAUUCCCGUCUGCGAUGGUUCCACGGUGCAGGUGGAAUGUGUGAGUGGCGAGCGUUUAGGAGUGAAUGUCACGUGGAAAUUGCGGCUCCAGGACGUUCCCCCAGCCUCUCUUCCUGAUGUGCGUGACAUCGAGGAGGCCUUAGUCGGCAAGGAUCUCAUCGGACGCUUCUCGGAUCUGAUCCAAAGUGGAGAGUUCCAGCUUUAUCUGGAUUCCAAGACAUUCCCAGCAGACCCCUCCAUCUACUUCCUCCAGGGAGACAGCUUCAGCACCUCUCCCAGGACAUGGUUUGGGUGCCUGGAAGGAUUCCACCAAGUCUUGGCCACCGGCAGUGCCCCUCGGGACCCACCGGGGUGUGUCAAGUGUCCUGAGGGAAGUUACUUUCAGGAGGAGAUCUGCAUCCCCUGUCCCGUCGGAUUCUACCAAGAACAGGCAGGCAGCGUGGCCUGUGUCCCAUGUCCCAGGGGCAGGACGACCGUUUCUGCUGGAGCUUUCAGCCACACUCACUGUGUCACUGACUGUCAGAAGAGUGAGGCGGGCUUGCAGUGCGACCAGGACGGCCAGUACCGAGCCAGCCAGAGGGACAGGGGCAGCGGGAAGGCCUUCUGCGUGGACAGCGAGGGACGGAGGCUGCUGUGGUCGGAAACGGAGGCCCCACUCUCGGAAUCCCAGUGUCUGAUGAUGCAGAAAUUUGAGAAGGCUCCAGACUCUAAGGUGACCUUCCGUGCGGAUGUCACUGUGGCGGGCAGGUCCAGAGUCCCUGGUUCUGGGUCUCCACUGACACAAUGCUUGACAGACUGUGCGCUGGAUGAAGCCUGCAGCCUCCUUGCAGUGUCCACAGCGGGAUCAGAAGUCUUGUGUGAUUUCUAUGCUUGGACAAAUAACCACAUGGCCUGCACAGCGUCUGCUCAGCAUCAAGACACCCUGGGGAACUCAGAGGCCACCGGCUUCGGGAGUCUUAGGUGCCAGGUGACAGUGAGGAAUGGGACUCCGGACUCUCCGGCUGUGUAUUUGAAAAAGGGCCAAGAAUUCACCACAACAAGCCGGAAGAGCUUCAAGCCAACGGGCUUCCAAAACGCGCUCUCUGGAACGUACGGGGCCGUCGUGUUCUCAGCCUCGGGAGCCGAUCUGACCGGGGUUCAUCUCUUCUGUCUUCUGGCGUGCGACCGUGAUUCGUGCUGUGAUGGCUUCAUCCUUGCACAGGUCCAAGGAGGUCCCCUCAUCUGCGGGUUGCUGAGCUCCCCCGACGUCCUGCUUUGCAACGUCAAAGACUGGAGGGACCCCACGGAAGCCAGGGCUAAUGCCACGUGUCCGGGUGUGACAUACGACCAGGGGAGCCGCCCGGCGACACUGCGGCUGGGAGGCCAGGAGUUCGAGAUUCCGGCAGCCCUGGAAGGAACUCAGGAUGCCGUUACCAGCUUCCAGCAGGUUUAUCUCUGGAAAGAUUCGGACAUGGGGUCUCGGUCUGAGUCUAUGGGAUGCAGAAAAGACACGGAACCAGGGCCAACGUCUCCAACAGAACCAGAUUUGGCAACAGAACUUUUCUUCCCCGUGGACCUUAACCAGGUCAUUGUCAAUGGAAGCCUAUCCCUGCCCAACCAGCAGCACUGGCUUUUCAAACACCUGUUUUCCCCUCAGCAGGCAAACCUGUGGUGCCUGUCUCGCUGUAUCCAGGAGCCCUCUUUCUGUCAGCUGGCGGAGAUAACAGACAGUACACCCUUGUACUUCACCUGCACCCUCUACCCAGAGGCCCAAGUGUGUGACGAUGUCAUGGAGCCCAAUCCCAAAGGCUGCAGACUAUUCCUGCCCCACCGGCCAAAGACCCUGUUCCGGAAGAAAGUUAUACUGCGAGAUAAAGUGAAGAACUUUUAUACUCGCCUGCCGUUCCAAAAACUGACGGGGAUUUCCAUUAGAAACAAAGUGCCCAUGUCUGAAAAAUCCAUUUCCAAUGGCUUCUUCGAAUGUGAACGGCUGUGCGAUGCAGACCCGUGCUGUACUGGCUUUGGCUUUCUAAACGUGUCCCAGCUAAAAGGAGGAGAGGUGGCGUGCUUGACUCUGAACAGCCUGGGACUUCAGACGUGCAGUGAGGAAAAUGCAGGAACCUGGCGCAUUUUGGACUGUGGCUCCCCUGACACUGAGGUCCGCACCUAUCCCUUUGGAUGGUACCAGAAACCUGUUGCUCAGAACGAUGCUCCCAGUUUUUGCCCCUUGGCGGUUCUGCCUUUCCUCCCCGAGAAAGUCGCUCUGGGCUCCUGGCAGUCCCUGGCCCUCUCCGCAGCAGUUGUCGACCCGUCCAUCAGGAACUUUGAUGUUGCCCACAUUAGCACUGCCGCCACCAGGGACUUCUCUGAUGCCAGAGACUUCUGUCUGUUGGAAUGUUCCCGUCACCAGGCCUGCCUUGUCACCACUCUGCAGACCCGACCUGGUGCUGUGAGGUGUGUAUUCUAUGCUGACACUCAGAUCUGCACACAUAGCCUGCAGGCCCAGAACUGCCGGCUUCUGCUCCGUGAAGAGGCCACCCACAUUUACCGGAAGCUGAGCAACCCUCUGCUCAGCUCUGGGACACCUGCACCUUCUGUGACCAUCACCCCCCACGGCCAGCUGCUGGGCAGGUCCCGGGCCGUCCAGGUGGGCACGUCAUGGAAGCAGGUGGAUCAGUUCCUGGGAGUUCCGUAUGCCUCCCCGCCCCUGGCCGAGAGCCGCUUCCGGGCACCGGAGCCCUUGAACUGGACUGGGUCCUGGGAUGCCACCCAGCCACGGGCCAGCUGCUGGCAGCCAGGCGCCAGGACACCCACGUCUCCCGGAGUCAGCGAGGAUUGCUUGUAUCUUAACGUGUUUGUCCCUCAAAAUACGGCCCCCAACGCGUCCGUGCUGGUGCUUUUCCACAACACCGUGGAGGGCAGGGGGAGUGAAGGGCAGCUGGCCAUCGAUGGCUCCUUCCUGGCCGCCAUUGGCAACCUCAUCGUCGUCACUGCCGGCUCCCGAGUGGGUGUCUUCGGCUUCCUGAGUUCUGGUUCUGGAGAGGUGAGUGGCAACUGGGGGCUGCUGGACCAGCUGGCGGCUCUGACCUGGGUGCAGACCCACAUCGCAGUGUUUGGUGGGGACCCUCGACGCGUGACCCUGGCGGCAGACCGUGGGGGAGCCGAUGUGGCCGGCAUCCACCUUCUAACCACCAGGGCCUCAGACUCCAGACUCUUCCGGAGGGCUGUGCUGAUGGGUGGCUCCGCGUUGUCCCCAGCUGCUGUCAUCAGCCAGGAGAGGGCUCGGCAGCAGGCAGCUGCUUUGGCAGAGGAGGUCGGCUGCCCCCCCCCGUCCAUCCAAGACAUGGUGUCCUGCCUCCGCCAGAAGCCUGCGAGCGUCCUUAAUGACGCCCAGACCAAGCUCCUGGCCGUGAGUGGCCCUUUCCACUACUGGGGUCCUGUGGUUGAUGGCCAGUACCUCCGCGAGGCUCCAGCCAGGGCACUGCAGAGGUCUCCGCGGACAAAGGUCGAUCUGCUAAUUGGGAGUUCUCAAGAUGACGGGCUCAUCAACAGAGCGAAAGCCGUGAAGCAAUUUGAGGAAAGUCAAGGCCGGACCAGUAGCAAAACAGCCUUUUACCAGGCGCUGCAGAAUUCGCUGGGCGGUGAGGACGCGGACGCCGGGGUCCGGGCGGCUGCAACAUGGUACUAUUCCCUAGAGCACUCCACUGAUGACUAUGCCUCCUUCUCCCGAGCCCUGGAGAACGCCACCCGGGACUACUUCAUCACCUGUCCUGUGAUCGACAUGGCCAGGCACUGGGCCAGGAGAGCCCGAGGAAACGUCUUCAUGUACCACGCUCCCAAAAGCUAUGGCCACAGCAGCCUGGAGUUGCUGGCAGAUGUUCAGUAUGCCUUCGGCCUUCCCUUCCACCCUAUCUACGAGGGGCAGUUUACUCUGGAGGAGAAAAGCCUUUCGCUGAAAAUCAUGCAAUUCUUGUCCAACUUCAUCCGAUCUGGAAAUCCCAACUACCCACAUGAGUUCUCAAGGAAAGCCCCUGAAUUUGCCACCCCCUGGCCUGACUUUGUCCCACGUGCCGGCGGGGAGACCUACAAGGAGUUCAGUGACCUGCUUCCCAAUCGACAGGGCCUGAAAAGCACUGACUGCUCCUUCUGGUCCAAGUACAUCCAGUCUCUGAAGGCCACGGCAGACGAAGCCAAGCAGGGUCCAUCAGCAGAGAGUGACGCGGAGGACCCGCCGACAGGAGAGCCAGGCUCCAAGAGCUACAGCAAGUAGCUGUAGCUGCUAAGACGCCCCUGCCCAGUCUGCCAACCCCACCUCAGGCUGCCACCAAGGGCAUCUUAUUCUCUAAAAUAGCCACUAACUUUCAAUAAAAUGUCUACAUGCAGUGACGCA